CGGCGGUGGGCGGGGAGGGAGGGAGGGGGUCGUGUGAGAUAAAUUGCCUUUCCUGCCUUUGGCUGUGAAUGCAGUCAGUGUGAGUGAGUGAGUGAGUGAGUGUGAGUGAGUGAGUGAGUGUGUGUGUGUGAGUGAGUGAGUGAGGGCGGUGGCCCCGGACCCCGGGCUCUGGCUCUGUUGGUGAUGAUGAUGAUGAUGGUGGUGGUGGUGAUGGUGAUGGUGCUGCUGCUCGGCCUGACCGGGGGCUGCGGCUCUCAGGCCCCGCGGCCUCCCCGCCCGCCCGGGGCCGCCGGGGCCGAGCCCUCCCUGCCCGCCUCGGCCCUGUCGGGCUUCGAGUUCGCCGCGGUGGUGGCGGGCGGCAGCUACCGGGGCCCCGGGAACAACGACACCAGGAGCAACCGGCAGCUGCCCAUCCUCCUGUGGUGGGGCGGACAGCUCUUCCCGCACUUCCCGGGGGACACCGAGCGGAUAGACUGCGCCCUCAGCUCGUGCCUGGUCACCAGGAGCAGGAAAGUCCAGACCCACCGCAGGACCAAGUCCCUGAUCUUCUACGGCACGGAUUUCAGGGCCUACGAGGCGCCGCUGCCCCGACUGCCCCACCAGACCUGGGCUCUGUUCCACGAGGAGUCGCCCAUGAACAACUACGUCUUGUCCCACGCGGCCGGGAUCGGCCUCUUCAACUACACGGCCACCUUCGGGCGCCGCUCCGACUACCCGCUGUCCCUGCAGUGGCUGCCGAGCCGCCGCUACCUGUUGGCCGCCGCCGCCGCGCCGCUGGGCGAGAAGCAGCGGCUCAGGGGACGCGGCUACGCGCCUGUGCUGUACCUGCAGUCGCACUGCGACGUGGCGUCGGACAGAGACCGGUACGUCCGAGAACUGAUGGAACACAUUCAGAUUGAUUCUUAUGGUCAGUGCCUACAUAACAAAGACCUACCCAGCCACAGACUGGUGAACACACUAACCGCCACGACAGAAGAUUCGGAGUUUAUGCGUUUCAUCGCCAAUUACAAGUUCCACAUUGCCAUGGAGAAUGCAAUCUGUGACGAUUAUAUGACCGAAAAGCUUUGGCGUCCAAUGCACCUAGGAAGUGUGCCAAUAUACCGUGGCUCUCCUGUGGUGCAGGACUGGAUGCCCAAUGACCACUCAAUAAUUCUGAUUGACAGCUUUCCAUCUCCAAAAGACUUAGCAGAUUUUAUUAAUUACCUUGAUCAAAAUGACGAGGAAUAUUUGAAAUAUUUGGAGUAUAAACAGCCAGGUGGCCUCACAAAUACCUUUCUCCUGGAAAGCUUAGAGAAGAGAGAGUGGGGCGUGAAUGACAUGAGCAAGCCCAACUAUCUGAAUGGGUUUGAAUGCUUUGUUUGUGAUCGGGAGAAUGAGCGCCUGCAGGCAGAGAGGGCUCACAGAAAGCUACCAGAUAGCGUUCCACUACCAGUCCCCAGAAGGGCUGCUUAUGAUCACAUGGGCUGCCCAGUGCCCACACCUGGAUAUGGAAGUGAUGAUGAGAUUCCUGCAAAUGACAGCUGGAAACAAAUGUGGCAACAAGAUUACUGGCAGAGCAUCGACCAGGCAGAAGCCCUGACCACCAUGAUCCAUCACAAUGAAACCGAUGCAGGGAGACUUUGGGAUUACAUUCAUCAACUGAUGUCGAAGAGUCCACACUAACAGCAUCGGGACGGAGUGCACUUAGACUUAUUGCUUCUGAUUCUCUCCCGACACCUGAAUGGAUUAAUUAUAAGUCACUGUGUGAAUCUAGUGACGACGCAUUUUUUACACACUGUCCUUUACUAAUUAUUUUUAAAAAGUAACUUUUUAUUGGAAAUAUUUUCU